AUGAACGACGGCGACGAAGAGCUGUACAAGCGCUUCACAGGUCUGAAAAAUCUCUAUCCUGAUUUACAGACUUGGAUCUCAAUCGGCGGCUGGAGCAUGAAUGAUGCAGGUCAGCCUACGGCUACGACUUUCUCCGACCUCGCGGCUUCUGAGUCCGCACAGAAGAAGUUUUUCGAGUCACUCCUUUCGUUUAUGGAAACAUAUAACUUCGAUGGCGUUGAUGUUGACUGGGAGUAUCCCGUCGCCGAGGAGCGAUCUGGCAAAGAGGAGGACUUUAAGAACUUCACUUCCUUUUUGCAAAAUCUACGUGACUACCUUAGCUCAAGUGGACAUAAAUAUGGACUAACAAUUACGAUCCCUUCGUCUUACUGGUACCUUCGUCAUUUCGACAUUGCGAACAUGAAGAAGAUCGUUGAUUGGUUCAAUAUCAUGUCGUAUGAUCUUCAUGGGACUUGGGAUAACGACAAUGAUUGGACAGGACCCUAUGUACGGGCUCAUACCAACCUAACCGAGAUUGACAACGCACUCGAGCUGUUAUGGCGGAAUGAUAUUGACGCGGACAAAGUUGUUCUGGGUCUUGGAUUCUACGGCCGAUCGUUCACACUCCAGGAUCCCAACUGCAAGGAGCCUGGGUGUGUCUUCAGCGCCGGAGGAAAAGCUGGACGCUGUACCGACUCUGUGGGAACUCUUUCCUUUGCAGAGAUCAAGAAAAUCGUGGAUGAUGGAGCGAAAGUGGACUUUGACAAGAAGGCGGCUGUGAAGAUCGUCACCUGGGACGAGGACCAGUGGGUCAGCUAUGACGAUAGCGAGACAUUCAAGUUGAAGUUGCAAUAUGCGAACAACCACUGUCUUGGGGGUACCAUGGUGUGGGCAACCUCCAUGGAUGAUUCACAGGGUUCUGCGUCUGCGGCUCUCUCCAAGCUCACUGUUGGGAGAAUGUGGCAAGAAAUGUCCCAGUGGACUCAAGCCAGCCCAGCGAAGCGAUGGCAAGAACAGAGGCAACACGGGGACGAAUACAGGAUGCAAAAAUGGUGA